CGGGAAUUACUAAAGUCCGAGGCGGCUGCGCGGGGAAUUAAAAACCCGCUGGCCGCCUCCUUUGUCCAGUUCUCGACACAUCGCAAGCCAAUCCCAUAAGACAUCUAGACAUUUUUCUAUCGACUACCCUGGUGCCGCAUAGGAACUACAGUUACAGGGGUUCAAUCAGCCCUGUAGCCACCAAACAUGCAAAUAGCAGAUGGGAGAGCCCCCUCGGUGACCUCCCAACCAUCGAAACCACAGCGGAUUCUGGCGUGCGUUCGCUGCCAGCAGCGUAAAGUGAAAUGUGAUCGCAAAUAUCCCUGCGCCAAUUGCGUCAAAUCCGGCGUGCAAUGUGAACAGGCGAAACCGGUCCUGGCCCGACGGAAACGCAGGUUCCCCGAGAGGGAGCUGUUAGCUCGUAUUCAAAAGUACGAGGAUAUGCUUCGUCAACAUGACAUCGAAUUCGAACCGCUCCACAAAAUUCCAGCCAGGGAUGGCUCACCCAGUGUGGAGGGCGGCUAUGAAUCAGACGACAAGCUGCCCAAAACUGCGCAGACCGAGGCUUCGACGCCUGUUGACUAUGCCGAAAGACUCUUCUGGUCUAAAAAUGUUUGGAAAACUAUAAAUAAGGAGUCACGAGAUCCCGGAUGCAGCAGUGAGUCCUCGGAGGAUGACGUGCGUGAAACCGUAGUUAAAAAUACGUGGUGUCAAUUAUUUGAAAACAACGAUCACCUUCUUUUUGGUUCACGCAAAAGCGACACAGUCGAUAUUUCUACUUUGCACCCUGAACCAGUCCAGGUUUUUCGGCUUUGGCAAAUAUAUCUUGAAAACGUGAACCCAUUGCUCAAAGUUAUACAUGCACCGAGCCUACAAGGGUAUAUCAUAGAAGCUACCAGCAAAUUAUCCAACAUUAAGCCGACCUUAGAGGCACUGAUGUUUAGCAUUUAUUGCAUGUCCAUCAUCAGCCUGACUGCGGAUGACUGCCAGGCCAUGUUUGCUUCGUCAAGGCAAGAUCUUCUAUCGAAAUAUCAAUUUGGCUGCCAGCAAGCUUUGCUGAAAUGUAAUUUUCUACGAUGCAACGAUCUUGACUGCUUGACUGCACUGUAUCUUUACCUAGUCUCAGUUCGACCUAGUACGGUCCCCCAGUCACUAUCUUCCAUGCUUGGCGUGGCAAUUCGCAUCGCACAGCGCAUGUGUAUUCACAGUGAAGCCGCUUUAGCCAAUUACACUCCUCUUGAUGCUGAAAUACGUCGAAGACUUUGGUGGUCCCUUGUGUUGUUUGACACUCGCGUCAGCGAACUGGCUGACUUCAAACCCACAAUCCUGAAUCCUAUUUGGGAUUGUCGAGUCCCCCUCAACGUGAACGAUUCUGAGUUUCGACCAAAUAUGAAGAAGCCGCCACAUCUUCAGGGAGGAUCCACCGAAGCACUUUUUCCUGUCGUUUGUAGCGAAUUGGGAGAAUAUACCCGGAACACAGCGUACUAUCUUAACUUCACUAAUCCAUCCUUGAAGCCUAUUGCAAAAGAUGUUCAACAUGGUUAUACCGAAUACGAACCCCUUCCUGAGAGAAGUGAACUGGCUUGUCUAGAACAGAUGAUUGAGAAUAAAUAUCUCAGAUUCUGUAACCAGGACAACCCGCUGCACUUAAUGACGGUCUGGAUGGCACGGGGACACCUUGCUAAAUUUCGCUUCAUGGAGUACCACUCCAAACACUCAAACUCAGAACAAGUACCAGAGGCACAACGCGAAGCCGCAAUGUCGUAUGCACUCCGAAUGCUUGAAUGCAACUCGAAGAUCUUCCACUCACCUUUAACUAAGGGAUAUCGAUGGCUGGCCCAAUUUUAUUUCCCAUUUCCUGCAUAUGUUUUCAUUUGCAAGCACUUGAAACGUCAACCUUUUAGUAAAUCAGCUGAACGCGCUUGGGAAGUUAUGAGCGACAACUAUGAUGCUCAAUUUGGCGUCACUCAGAAAGACAGUAUCCCUCUCUUAAGACUUUUCUCGGGAUUUAUCCUACAGGCAUGGGAAGCUCGGGAAGCAAUGCCCAGACAACCGGGCGAGCCACUAGUGCCGCCAAGGAUUAUAUUAUCUAUCAGGAAUAAAACAAUACAGAUGGAGCAAAACCCACAGAACAUCGACCCCGGACAGCUAGCCAGUGUUCCGGCUACGGAUGUCAAUAACGUCCCUGCGCCGAUGCCGAUAAGCUAUGGAGGCCAUAACCUGCUUUACGGUAUGGGAGGACAAGAGGGAUGCCCGAUGACAGGACCAGCAAUGUAUCCUGAUAUGCAUGGGCCGACAACGCUGGAUUUUGGAACGAGUCAGAUAGAUUGGUCGGCCAUGGACUGGGCACUUGGGGGAUACCCUGGCUGGGGGGGUGGUGAGACCACGGGUCUGUCAGUCCAGCCUUUAGUUUUGGCUGGUACCAAGCCAGGUUGGACUUAAUAUGUGAGGAAUUGUAUAGAAAGACAAUGGCAUCCAAAUCUGUUGUCAACUUGUCUUACACAAGCAUAGAUGCUGUCGUACUCUAUGUGAUAUGAUUGGUCAAUUGAGUUGCAUACCGACGACCUUUUUUUCCCAUUGCACUGAUGCUCCUAUUAAUGUAAAUGAUGAAAAUAAUUUUAAAUGGUUAUUUAACAAUUGUAGCGCAUGUCAAAAUUAUUUUUCAAAUCGAUGACAGAAAAUUGAACUUCGGGUGUUUUUGAUCUCGUGACUGAGACUGGUCCAGUGGACCAUGACUUCAUCGACAAGCCACAUGACUGCAAA